AGUUUUUGGCUGCAAAGCCUUAUAAGUUGUCUCCAGAGUACAGUAAGUAGACUACUUACUUUAUCAUGCCCUUUGUGUAGAAAAUCCACCCACAGCAAUUCGAAAAUGUCGUGACUUCCUCGGGUGCGGCUGCCAUGGCCGCGUCUGCUGCCAUGGGCCGUGGUGCCCACCGGGGCCGCCGGGACGACCUAGUAGUGGCCACCCGGCCCAAGCACAUGACAGACAAGACCGGCAUGACUGGCAUGGCCACCAAGCUGGUGGCCAACUACUUCCGGCUGGAGUCUCUGCCCCAGAUGUGCGUCAACCAGUACCAUGUGGAUUUCUUGCCACUGGUCGAGUCGAGCCGCAUCCGCCGGGCCCUCAUCAACGACCACCGUGAGCAGUUUGGCCGCUGCUUCGUGUUUGAUGGGAUGUCGGACCUGAAAACACCCAAACGCAUGCCACAGAACAUCACCGAGCUCUUUUCUAAGCGACGCACAGACGGUGCCGCCAUCACUAUCAAGAUCAAGUGGGUGCAGGAACUGGCCCCGACCAACCCGGACCUGCUGCGCCUGUUCAACACGCAGAUGCGGCGUAAUCUCGAGCACCUGGACUUUGUUCAAAUCAAUCGGCACUUCUUCGACAAGAGUGCCGUGUCGGCCAUUCCGCAGCACGGCCUUGAGCUGUGGCAAGGCCUCAUCACUGCCAUUGGCCAGUACGAGACGGCAGUGAUGAUGGUCACGGACACCGUGCACAAGGUGCUUCGGCGCGACAGUGUGCUGGACCUGCUGUCGCAGGUCACAUCUGGGCCCUACUACAGAGAGGAGGCCACGAAGCGCGUGGCCGGCUGCAUUGUAAUGACUCCGUAUAACAACAAGACAUACCGCAUCGAUGAUAUCGAUUGGAGCAAGUCGCCACUGAGCAUCUUUGAGACAAAAGAAGGGCCCAAGACAUACAUCCAGUACUACGAGGACCAGUAUGAGAAACGUAUCAGAGAUGCCAAGCAGCCACUGCUAGUGUGCCGUCCAAAGGAAAAAGACAUACGUGCUGGCCGCACCGACAACAUCUACCUGGUGCCCGAGCUGUGCGUUCUCACGGGGCUGACUGAUGAGAUGCGUGCCAACGUGUCUGUGAUGCGAGACUUGGCCCAGCACACUCGCAUCGACCCGCCAAAGCGCGUGCAGAACUUGCUCCAGUUCAUCAAGCGAAUCAAUGGCAACGAUGCCAUACGCGCAGAGAUGGAGCAGUGGGGGUUGACGUUCAGCGAUUCACUGGUUUCCAUUGAUGCCCGCACCCUGUAUCCCGAGAAGGUGAUGCAGGGACAGCAGGUGUACAAAUGCGACCCCAAGACGGCCGACUUUUCGCGUGAUAUGCGAGACAAGCGGCUGCACGUGGCAGUCGCCAUCGAAACCUGGCUCGUGAUGUGCCACAAGCGUGACGACGCCAAUGUGACAGAGUUCGUGCGCACCCUCAUGAGCGUGUGCCCGCCCAUGGGCCUGCACAUGGGCCACCCCAAGGUGUUGAAGCUGGAGGACGACCGGGCGGCCAACUACGUGCGCGCCCUGCACGAAGUUGGCGGCUCAGGGGACCUGCAGCUGGCACUAAUCGUGGUGCCCAACAACCGCAAGGACCGCUAUGACAUGAUCAAGAAACAGGCCUGCGUGGACCUUGGCAUCCACACCCAGGUUAUUCUCUCUCGCACGAUCGGGAAUCGCAAGAACAUCCGGUCAGUGGCCACCAAGGUGGCCAUUCAGCUUAACUGCAAGUUGGGCGGAGAGGCCUGGUGCCUGGAGAUCCCACUGGCGAACACAAUGGUGAUCGGCUACGACACGUACCAUGACGCCGGCUCACGCAACCGCUCUGCGGGUGCCUUUGUCGCCAGCAUGAACCGCACAUUCACGCGCUGGUACUCGCGCGUGUCGUUCCACGCGUCGCACCAGGAGCUUGGCAGCUCGCUCGCUCAGCACCUUAAAGACUCCCUGUGCAAGUACUCCCAGGAAAACAAUGGUACUUCUCCCGAGCGCAUAAUCUUCUUCCGCGACGGCGUCUCGGAUGGCCAGAUCCCUCAGGUGAAAGAAUGGGAGAUUGAGCAAAUUGUGGACUCGCUGGAGGGUCUCUUCCCGGGCAUGGAGCAAAAGCUGGCCUUUGUCGUCGUCACCAAGCGCAUCUCUACACGCUUCUUCGCACACACGUCCGACGGCAGCUUCUGCAACCCGCUGCCGGGCACAGUCAUCGACAGGGAGGUAACGAGGCCCGAGCGCUACGACUUCUUCCUCGUCUCGCAGAGCGUGCGCCAGGGGACCGUGUCACCAACGCACUACAACAUCAUCCACGACACCACGGGCCUCAGGCCGGACCACAUGCAGCGCCUGGCGUACAAGCUGACGCACCUUUACUUCAACUGGCCUGGCACCAUCCGCGUUCCGGCUCCCUGCCAGUACGCCCACAAGCUGGCCUUCCUGGCCGGCCAGUCUCUGCAUGGCGAGCACUGUUCACGACUCAACGGCACCCUCUUCUAUUUGUAGCCUCCCAGUUGUAUGCAUUUGCUUAUUUCCUUUCCACAUGCGUGGGUUCAUUUGCAUUGACUAUUGUGUGCCAAUUUGAAAUGAAAAGCCAUUCUCUUUCCACAAGUUUUCUCUACCUUUUCCUCAUUUGUCCUCUUAAUGACCUGUACUUUCAUUUUUUUCCCUUUGAACUCGUCUUUAGUGGAAAGCUCAAGAAUGCAAAACUGGUUCAGCCUCGUGUGCACGAUUGAGGUGACAGUGCAAUAACAAAAAAAGAGAAAAAAAUGUGCCUCUGAUUAAAGCUUACAUGUUGGAACCCUGACUUCCAAAGUAAAUGAAGAUUGCAUGUCCUUAAACCGGACGCUUUGAAAAACAGACAAAUUUUGAGGUUCCAAAGUCUGAUGGAAGAUGAAUAAAGCUUUUUUAUUAACGCUAUAAUUUGCUAUUACACUAUUGGCAUGUUAUGAGUUCAUAUUUUCAGUACCAAAAUUCUUGAAUUUACAAUUACUUUCUUCCCGUAUAUUUGCAUGUGCAUAUUCUAAAAAAUUCAAGAUAACCUUGCCUUAUAAAACGCUUUUUCAUUAUCAUGUUCUUUUUUUUGUGCGAGUUUCUCCACCUUUUUUUUUCUUUUGCUUGUUCAUUUUGCCCAUGUUGCAAAGUCUUGUUUACUUAAUAAAAUAUACAAAUUGCUGAAUAUCUUUUCUGUUUGCUGCUGCUGUAGUUAAAGUUCUGUGAAGUAUUGGUUUUAUAUAUGCUGUGUCCUUUGCCAUGUCAAUCUUUGUCUAGCAAGUUUUUCUUGGUUGCAAUGAUACAGUUGCUGUUAAUUUGUGUAGGUUGAGUUACCACUAUGGAGUAUAUUUCUGCAGAAUCAUUUUUGAAAUCGCCAGUUAAUCUUGUUUAUUAGAGCUAGUGUAUUCAAAGAAGUUGACAACCAGUUCAGUUCAUAAUUUACUGUGGAUGAAACUAUCAUUUUACAUGCAGUUGCCAAUUUGUGGCGUAUUCAAUUUGUAGCCUCAUUUGUGUGCAUUACAACUUUUUUCUGUUUAGUAUAGUUGACUUACCUGAACUUGGUAAGCUUUAAUCAGUUCCCUCUUGCCCUUUGUUUUUCUGCAAGAGAUGAUCAUGCAAUCGAGGGCAAAAUUAAACAUGAACUAGCUGUUCCAUUGUAAUCAGUAA